AUGUUGUAUGGAAGAAAGUGUAGGUCUCCACUUCACUGGGAUGAACUAGGAGAGAGAAAACUACUUGGACCCGAUGUAGUGCAACACACCAAUAAGGCUAUUCAGAAAAUCAGGGCUAGAAUGGUCACAUUUCAGAGCAGACAGAAGUCUUAUGCAGACCUAAAGCGUAAGCAUGUUGAGUUUGAAGUUGGUGAUCAUGUAUUUUUGCCUGUGACUCCAAGGAAAGGAAUCUCGGUGAAGAGGUUUGGCAAGAAGGGAAAGCUAAGUCCCAGAUAUGUCGGACCUUUUGAGAUUUUUGAUAGAGUGGGAAAUGUGGCUUACAGGGUAGCUUUACCACCAUCAUUGUCCGGGGUGCACAAUGUAUUUCAUGUGUCACAACUUCAAAAAUAUGUAUACAACCCAUCACAUGUGUUGAGCUACGAGACCUUGGGUUUGCAGGAGGAUUUGUCAUUCGAUGAGAGUCCAGUGAAAAUACUCGAUCGAUAG